AUGCUCUGGGGCGUCCGGGGAGAGCAUCGCGACGCUCUGGGGCGUCCGGGGAGAGCAUCGCGACGCUCUGGGGCGUCCGGGGAGAGCAUCACGUCGCUCUGGGGCGGCUGGGGAGAGCAUCGCGACGCUCUGGGGCGUCCGGGUAGAGCAUCGCGACGCUCUAGGGCGUCCGAGGAGAGCAUAGCGACGCUCUGGGGCGUCCGGGGAGAGCAUCGCGACGCUCUGGGGCGUCCGGGGAGAGCAUCACGACGCUCUGGGUCGGCUGGGGAGAGCAUCGCGACGCUCUGGGGCGUCCGGCGACGCUCUGGGGCGUCAAGGGAGAGCAUCGUGACGCUCUGGGGCAUCCGGGAAGAGCAUCGCGACGCUCUGGGGCGUCCGGGGAGAGCAUCGCGACGCUCUGGGGCGUCCGGGGAGAGCAUCGCGACGCUCUGGGGCGUCCGGGGAGAGCAUCACGACGCUCUGGGCCGUCCCGGGAGAGCAUCGCAAUGCUCUGGGGCGUCCGGGGAGAGCAUAGCGACGCUCUGGGGCGUCAGGGGAGAGCAUCGUGACGCUCUGGGGCAUCCGGGGAGAGCAUCGCGACGCUCUGGGGCGUCCGGGGAGAGCAUCGCGACGCUCUGGGGCGUCCGGGGAGAGCAUCGCGACGCUCUGGGGCGUCCGGGGAGAGCAUCACGAUGCUCUGGGGCGGCUGGGGAGAGCAUCGCGACGCUCUGGGGCGUCCGGGUAAAGCAUCGCGACGCUCUGGGGCGUCCGGGGAGAGCAUCGCGACGCACUGGGGCGUCCGGGGAGAGCAUCGCGACGCUCUGGGGCGUCCGGGGAGCGCAUCGCGAUGCUCUGGGGCGUAUGGGGAGAGCAUCGCGACGCUCUGGGGCGUCCGGGGAGAGCAUAGCGACGCUCUGGGGCGUGCGGGGAGAGCAUCAUGACGCUCUGGGGCGUCCGAGGAGAGCAUCCCGACGCUCUGGGGCGUCCGGAGAGAGCAUAGCGACUCUCUGGGGCGUCCGAGGAGAGCAUCGCGACGCUCUGGGGCGUCCGGGUAAAGCAUCGCGACGCUCUGGGGCGUCCGGGGAGAGCAUCGCGACGCACUGGGGCGUCCGAGGAGAGCAUCGCGACGCUCUGGGGCGUCCGGGGAGCGCAUCGCGAUGCUCUGGGGCGUAUGGGGAGAGCAUCGCGACGCUCUGGGGCGUCCGGGGAGAGCAUAGCGACGCUCUGGGGCGUGCGGGGAGAGCAUCGCGACGCUCUGGGGCGUCCGAGGAGAGCAUCCCGACGCUCUGGGGCGUCCGGAGAGAGCAUAGCGACUCUCUGGGGCGUCCGAGGAGAGCAUCGCGACGCUCUGGGGCGUCCGGGGAGAGCAUCGCGACGCUCUGGGGCGGCUGGGGAGAGCAUCGCGACGCUCUGGGGCGGCUGGGGAGAGCAUCGCGACGCUCUGGGGUGUCCGGGGAGAGCAUCGCGACGCUCUUGGGCGUCCGGGGAGAGCAUCGCGACGCUCUGGGGCGUCCGGGGAGAGCAUCGCGACGCUCUGGGGCGUUCGGGGAGAGCAUCGCGACGCUCUGGGGCGUCCGGGGAGAGCAUAGCGACGCUCUGGGGCAUCCGGGGAGAGCAUCGCGACGCUCUGGGGCGUCCGGAGAGAGCAUCGCGACGCUCUGGGGCGUCCGGGGAGAGCAUCGCAAUGCUCUGGGGCGUCCGGGGAGAGCAUCGCGACGCUCCGGGGCGUCCGGGGAGAGCAUAGCGACGCUCUGGGGUGUCCGGGGAGAGUAUCGCGAUGCUUUGGGGCGUCCGGGGAGAGCAUCGCGACGCUCUGGGGCGUCCGGGGAGAGCAUCGCGACGCUCUGGGGCGUCCGGGGAGAGCUCUGCGACGCUCUGGGGCGCCCGGGUAGAGCAUCGCGACGCUCUGGGGCGUCCGGGGAGAGCAUCGCGACGCUCUAG